AUGGGUGCUGCCCCUAGUGCCGAGAUUAUCAGUAAAGCUCCAUUUCGUCCAACACGUAACUCCAGUGGUCGUGUGCUUUCUCUCAUUCCCAUAACACAGGAGUUUUUCCCAUCAUCCAAUUCUCCACUUUUUGAACAGUUGUUUGAUGCCCGGUGUGAUGCUUACGUGCGAUAUUAUAUGCGUGAUUAUGAUAAACAUGAUGCGGAGUGUACAGAUGAUGAUAAUGAUAAUGAUGAUGGUGAUAGUGAUAGUGAUAGUGGUGGUAAAGGUAGUGGUAGUAGUGAUGUGCAGUUGGACAGUAUUCCACAAGCCCCAUUUACCCGAGAGGAGUACUAUGAAUAUUGGAUGUCGUCUGUACAACGAUGCCCGAGGUAUAAAACAACGGAAGAGUUAUGCCAUGCUUACAAUAAAGUAACAACAACAACAACAACAACAACAACAGUGAAUGAGGGAAAUUGUGGGAUUUUCCCAAUACCAUGUGCGGUGGCAUUUCAGUACGAUGACUCCAGCAGUGCACCGGAGGGAUGUGUAAAAUUAGGUGAUACGUUUGUGCGGGUUAUUGGCGCCAUUGGUUGUCUUCUACCAGCAACACAUGAUAAGAAGAAAAACAACAACAACAACGACAAUGACAAUAACAAUAACAACAACAGUAGUAAGAAGGAGGUGAAACAACUGAAAAUGUUAUUGUUUCUGCGUAAGUCUGCAGGAGAUCACAACAUGGUACGUGUGACGUUGUUUGCGGCGUGGCUAUUCUAUGAACACUGCGUGCGUGUGUGUAAAAUGGCACACACACCACUUCCUGCCAUCACCUUCCGUGGGCUAAAGACAAAUAUUCCACUUCUCUGCUUUCUGCGGGAGAUGCGAAGUCGUAUUGAUCUCCUGCAGGGAAAUAGAGAUGGUCAUUGUGUCUGGUUGGAUGGUGUGUUUCUCCGCGUCCACAUUACAGGCGGACAUGCACGUGAAUUAUGUAAGGCAUUGGCAAAACACUACGAUUUGCUGUUGGAAUCGAAGCCACGCACGGCGGAGGUGAAAUCGCUAUCACUCUCUCUUGCGAACAACAACAACACCAACAACAACAAUGACAACAAUAAUAAUAACAUCAGCAAUGAGGGCAGUGUCAGCAACAACAACAACACCAAUAAUAAUGAUGUCAAUGAUAUGGAGGAUGGGAAUGUGCCACUUCGCAGUCCGCACAGUUACCGGUCGGUGAAACAGAGCUUCGAGUUGGCUGGCUAUAUUGAUAAACAUAAUACUGAAAUACCGGCUAUAGGCAGCAGUAGGGAUGAAGUCUAUCUCGUCUGUCUCAACACCACAGUGCUUGUGAAGAGUAACAGAGAGAGCGAGGAAGCCGAAAUCAUGAUUCCUACAGUAGUCUACCACCAGAACAGUAACAGUAACAGUAACAAUAACAACAACAACAAUGACAAUAAUGACAAAACUGUUACUCCAAUGAACUUCAAUGAACUUCAAGUAAAGCGUGGUGAUAUACUGCGAUUUGAGCCGAAUGAACCAGAUGAGUUAUCACCACAUCCACUCCCCUUUGAUGGAAACAAUACCUUCUCUCAUCUCAUCACUGAAAAUCCCACUGGCAAUUUCGCAGAUACGCCUUGCACCACUACAACUAACAGCUUCAGCAGUAGGUGCAGCACCAACAACAUCACAGACACUAUCAGUGAGAACAAGGAAGUCUUUCGUAGUAGAGCGGGUACUUGGAAGGUGGACUCCACUGUACACGUGGAGAAUGUAUUGUUGGCACUUGUACAUGAUGAAUGCAAGAAUGCACGUGAGGCUCCUGCAGAUGAUCCACAUUGGGUUCUUAAUAAGGAAACAAAAGAACCUUUGUGCGAUAGUAACUUUUAUAUUUGGCGUUUUGAGCGUAAGGGAAUAUUUUACUUCUACGGUACUGUGCCAAAAUUUGCGAACUCCUUCAAAAAGCGCUCGGAUAAUACUCGAAAACAACGAGGUUUAACCUCUGCCUCUGCUACACCUAUAUCCACUUCUACAAGUGAUGGGAAACAGAGCCUUCCAGGUUUUGUACUACAGGAUAAUAAUAUGCAGACAACUCCAAAGGGGGGUGUAUCUCAUCUUGUACCUGUUCUCACCGAUCCAAAUGAAUUCAACCACACAAAUGACUUUCCUUUACAAGCCAUAAACCCUAUACAAGAUAUUUCCACAAAUAACCCAUGUGUGAAUCAACACCCAGGGGGAUGUAUACAAUUCAGAGGUCCGGAAGUAUGGAGUCAUCUACAUACAAGUAGUGUAGACUCACAGGCGGCAUUAAUAUCUAUGCGAUCCAAUACUUCUUUCACUACUUCCGUGGGUGGUGUGACAACUUCAACAUCUACAGGGAAUUCAAUGGUUUGUGAACAGAACAAUGCUGCUGCUGCUGCUGCUGUGGAUUGCUCAAUACUUCAUGCGUUUCCUCCUCCACAAAUGCAAUGUUUUCGAAUUGUACACCCGAUGGAAACACCAUUCAUGUCGCCUGUGCAAUGCAUCGCAUACAUGCCGCCAUCACAGCCACUACCAAUCAUACACCCACUGCAAUCUAUGCAAUUACCAACACCAACACCAUUAUCACAACAACAGCCACAGCCACAAAUACCGCAUCCGGCCCCUCAACCUAUAUAUGGUAUUAUGAACCCGUUAUUGAGUUAUCCAGUUGUACCACAGAUACAGCCAGGCCUUUUCCAUACGAAUGGGCAUUAG